AGCCAGAGGGGGCUGAAAAACUGAAGAUCAGAAUUCUAGACACGGAACCGUCUUCACGGCGCUCCGGCAGGUUCCUCCAUGAGAACCCAGAGGAACCAAAGAAUCGUCUGAAGCCUCAAGAAUGUUACUUUGAUCAUCAGAAACUACUUCUCAGAGCCAGUUUGAUGUUAACUGGAGGUAUAGCGCCACUUGUGGACAGAUUGAGAACUUCAGCUUUUAGGAACUGAAGUCAAACAUUUUUUGUUUUUUACGUGAAGGAAACAAAAGCCAAAUGUUGAUGUUGGUCAGGCGGGUUCCAGCAUCCCUGACGAGAGGAUGGAGGUUCUCCAGUUGGGGUUCCCCCGGACUGAACCUCUUUCAUUCAGGAACCCGGAGAAAUGUCUGAUUUACUGAAGUUCUGUGUGACCAGGAGGAACCGGAACCGCCGGGAGAACGAUGCAGAUCUAAACCAAUCGCAGAGGGGCAGACCUCCUAAGCCCCGCCCUCCAAACGAAAGACUGGAUGACUGACAGCAGAACCGCUGAUGAUGAAGAUCAGGUUCUAGACCAACGACCCGGUUCUGGACCUGGACCAGCAUGAUGUUCAAAACAAGAACAGAUCCAAAUUUACCAAAUGUUUUCUGGACAAAAUCAUUUUGAUGAGACGCCGUUUCUCGUGGAUAUUUAUGAACAUACGAAGAAUUUAUGCUCAAAUUCCAGUUUCGGACCCAAACCCACCCGAACCGAACCAUUAGCUUCGUACAGGAAACAAUCAGCGAUGCAUUAGUCUGAUUGUCUUCAUUUAGCUCUUUUGGGAUAAAUCUACCUGCAGCUUUAACUGGAUAAAUGAGGCCAAAAUCAGGUUUAUUGGAAACAAAUACUUCAAAUAACAAAAUGGAAGAAGAGUCAUUAAAAAAUUACUUUCAAUCCAGAUUCAUUCUGGACCAUUUUGUGGAUCUAAGAGGAAAGAAUUUCAUGUUUGUGAAAAAACCCUGAAUCUAUUCUGUUGGUGAUUAUAUUGGUCCUAAACUCUGGUUUAUAAAUCAAGUUGAAAAAAAACCUUAAAGUUCUUGAAGUGUGCGCGUGACAACCGUACAAAGCGAGGGGGGGGGGGGUUCAAACAGGAGUCGGAUGUUCCGGCUGAUUUCAUGGUCAGAAAUCCCGCCAACAGACUUCUGUGUUUUAUCUAGUGUUCUAGUGUGGAACACAGAACCGUUUCCGGUUCAGCUCCCAGAGAACCCGGCUUCAGGUUUUCCUGCACAGCAGAAAGCGGGUUCCUGGUCUGACCCAUCAGGUCCUGGUCUGUGUGUUCUCCAUCAGAAUCCGGGUCAGAAACCCUCCUUGGAGCUGGUUCUGUCCCUGCUGAGGAAGAUCUUCCUCCUUCAUCUUGGAUCUGACUGUAGUUCUGGUUCUACGUUCUCCAGAACAGAGCCGGUUCCGGGCUCACGUUCUCACUUGGAGAAGAAAGCGGAGCAGAAGCUGCUGAGGACCGCGUGGCGGUCCAGAGGAGCAUCGGCUGAGCGUCUCACGGUUUCAGCCUCAGGAGAGGUUCUGAUCCACAGAACCCUUCUCUGAGAGGACGUCAGGCUCAGUUCUGAUCCUCCUCUCACAGUCCAGGUGUGACAUUCCUCACCUUGGAGACGAAUUCGUCGUCAUGGUAACAAAGCUGCUCCGUCUGCGGAGGUGGAGAUGAGGAUCCUCAGCCGGCCCGGUUCACAGCGACCGGACAAAAGCAGGAGUCUGUGCUGAGCCGGACCCUCGCUCCAGAACCUGAUGAGAAGAGGAGCUGGUCCGGUUGUGGGCGGGUUCCUGCAUCAGUCCAGAGACCCUCCAGGCCUGAUGCACCAUGGGAGAUUCAGCCAACAGCAGCGGGGCUCUUCUGGACUAUGAAGGUUCUCUGGACGAGAUCCCGGACGCCACGCAGAGCGGCGCCUUCGUCCUGGCCACCGCCCUCAUCGCCGUGGUCCUGGCGGCCAUCAUGCUGGUGUGCGGCGUGGGGAACUGCCUCUUCAUCGCCAGCCUGCUCCGCUUCAAGCGGCUCCGGAACCUCACCAACAUGCUGAUCGCCAACCUGGCGGUGUCGGACGUUCUGGUGGCGGCGCUGUGCUGCCCCUUCCUGCUGGACUACUACGUGGUGAAGAGGCUGUCCUGGGAGCACGGCCUGCCGCUCUGCGCCGCCGUCAACUACCUGCGCACCGUCUCACUCUACGUGUCCACCAACGCGCUGCUGGCCAUCGCCAUGGACAGGUACUCGGCGAUCCUCCACCCCCUAAAGCCCCGUAUGAACCGUCAGACGGCGUCCUGCGUCAUCCUGGCGGUCUGGAUCGUCCCCGCCUUCAUCUCCAUUCCCUCCGCCUACAUGACCUCGGAGACCACGUACCCCCACGCGGAGGGGCGGAGCCACAAGACCUUCUGCGCGCAGAUCUGGCCUGUGGACCAGCAGGUCUACUACCGCUCCUACUUCCUGCUGGUCUUCGCUCUGGAGUUCGUGGGCCCCGUGACCGCCAUGGCGGUCUGCUACACGCGCAUCUCCAGACACCUGUGGUCCAGAGGCGUCCCGGGCGUCCAGACGGAGCAGGUCCGGAGGAGACGCCAUGAGCGCCGCAGGACGGUGGUGGUUCUGAUCCUGGUGCUGGUGGCCUACGUGGCGUGCUGGGCGCCGUACUACGGCUUCGCCCUGCUCCGAGACUUUCACCCCACCCUCAUCUCCAGGAACAGGAACUCCCUGGCGGCCUUUUACAUCAUCGAGUGCAUCGCCAUGAGCAACGGCGUCAUCAACACCGUCUGCUUCGUGAGCGUCCAGAAGAACAGGAAGAAGGCCGCCGCGUUCCCGCUCAGGUCGCUCAGCUUGGCGGCGAGGAGAUCGAAGGACGAUGGCGAAGGUGAAACGUCCGUGCUGCGGGGGAAGGAGGGGGGGGACAACGCCCCGCCUUUGACGCCUCCUCCAGCGCAGCAGCUGGACGCUCCACCAGAGCAGAACCCGCUUUAGUCCAGGUUUCCUCAAAGCGUUUGUCCUUCUGUGGACGUCAGGAGAAGCCCGGAGCCUCGUGGAGGUCUGUGGUUCAGGACCGACCCGACUGACGUCCAGGAACAGAACCAGGAGGAGGUUUAUGAGGAAACGGAUGU